GAGACGGUCUGAUGCCCUCAGCUGGACUUUAGGAGUAGAAACUGAGAUCUGGACCUGGACCUAGACCUGGAUUAAUCUCAGCACUAAAGGAGGGACUGAUGAGCAGAGGAACGGAGCAUUUUCUCUCAUAAAGAAGGUGCAGCAGCUCCAUCUGAGAUGGGCGUGUCUCCGCGCUGCCACAGGACCGUCCUAUUGGCUGUGUCCUUCUGCUUCCUGCCCUGCAUCACUUCCUCUUUGAACCUGGAGGAUCCAAACGUCUGCAGCCACUGGGAGAGCUACUCGGUGACGGUGCAGGAGUCGUACGCUCAUCCCUACGAUCAGAUCUACUACACCAGCUGCACCGACAUCCUCAACUGGUUCAAAUGCACCAGACAUCGGGUCAGCUAUCGGACGGCGUAUCGGCGAGGAGAGAAGACGAUGUACCGGAGGAAGUCUCAGUGCUGCCCGGGGUUCUACGAGAACGGAGAGAUCUGUGCUCCUCACUGUUCGGAGAGCUGCGUCCACGGCCGCUGCAUGGCCCCCAACACCUGCCAGUGCGAGCCGGGCUGGGGGGGCUCCAACUGCUCAAGUGCCUGUGACAGCGAGCACUGGGGCCCCCACUGCAGUAACCGCUGUCAGUGUAAGAACGGAGCGCUGUGCAACCCCAUCACCGGAGCCUGCAUCUGCACGCCGGGCUUCAGAGGCUGGCGCUGUGAGAACCAGUGCGAGCUGGGCACCUACGGCGCCGGCUGCCAGCAGAAGUGUCAGUGCCAGAACGGAGCCGCCUGUCACCAUGUGACCGGGGAGUGCAAGUGCUCGCCAGGAUACACGGGAGCUUUCUGUGAAGACCUUUGUCCUCCAGGUAAACACGGUCAGCAGUGCGAGGAGAGAUGUCCGUGUCAGAACGGAGGAGUGUGUCAUCAUGUGACCGGGGAGUGCUCCUGUCCUGCAGGAUGGAUGGGUACAGUGUGCGGGCAGCCGUGUCCCCAGGGCAGAUUUGGACCCAACUGUUCCCAGGAAUGUCAGUGCCACAACAACGGCUUCUGUGUGUCGUCAUCGGGACAGUGCCUGUGCAGCCCGGGGUACACGGGAGAGCGGUGUCAGGACGAGUGUUCAGUCGGUACGUACGGCGCCGGUUGCUCUCAGACGUGUCGCUGUCAAAACAACGCCAAGUGUUACCACACCAACGGGAUGUGUCUGUGCGAGCCGGGAUACACCGGGGAGACGUGUGACGUCAGGCUGUGUGAGGAGGGACACUACGGUCUUCGCUGUGACAGGAAGUGUCCCUGCUACGUCCAUAACACUCGCAGCUGCCAUCCGAUGUCAGGAGAGUGCACGUGUAAACCGGGCUGGUCCGGUCUGUACUGUAAUGAGACGUGCACGCCGGGGUUCUACGGCGAGGCGUGCCAGCAGGUGUGUCAGUGUCAGAAUGGAGCCGACUGCCACAGCGUGAGCGGGGAGUGUAUCUGUGCCCCAGGAUUCACGGGUCCACGAUGUUCGGUCCCGUGUCCCGCAGGAACGUACGGCGUGAACUGUUCGUCUGUCUGUGACUGUAAGAACGGGGCUCAGUGCUCACCUGUGGACGGAUCCUGCUCCUGUAAACCAGGCUGGCACGGCGUGGACUGCUCCAUCAACUGUCCCAGCGGUACCUGGGGUCUGGGCUGUAACCUCACCUGUCUGUGCCUGAACGGCGGCGCCUGUAACGCCCUGGACGGUCAGUGUACCUGUGCUGCAGGGUGGAGGGGCGAGCGCUGUGAGCUGCACUGUCAGGACGGGACGUACGGUCUGGACUGUAGAGAGCGGUGUGACUGCAGCCACGCUGACGGAUGUCAUCACUCCACCGGUCACUGCAGAUGUCUGGCCGGAUGGACCGGUAUCCACUGUGACAGUGUGUGUGCCGAGGGCCGCUGGGGGCCAAACUGCUCGGUCCCCUGCAACUGUAAGAACGGAGCAUCGUGUUCUCCAGACGACGGAACCUGUGAGUGUGCUCCGGGAUUCAGAGGAACCACGUGUCAGCGAAUCUGCUCUCCGGGAUACUUCGGCCACCGCUGCAGUCAGACGUGUCCUCAGUGCGUCCACAGUAACGGACCGUGCCACCACGUCUCUGGACAGUGCGACUGCCUGCCCGGGUUCAAGGGGACGCUGUGCAACGAGGUAUGUCCCAGCGGUCGCUUUGGUAAAAACUGCGCCUGGAGCUGCAGUUGCACCAACAACGGCACGUGUAAUCCCAUCGACGGCUCCUGCCAGUGCUACCCCGGCUGGAUCGGCAGUGACUGCUCCCAGCCGUGUCCUCCAGGUCAGUGGGGUCCAAACUGCAUCCACACGUGUAACUGUCACAACGGAGCGUACUGCAGCGCCUACGAUGGAGAGUGUAAAUGCACGCCAGGAUGGACGGGACUCUACUGCACCCAGCGCUGUCCGCUGGGUUUCUUUGGUAAAGACUGCUCUCAGAUCUGCCAGUGCAGAAACGGCGCCGACUGCGACCACAUCUCAGGACAGUGCACGUGCCGGACGGGAUUCAUGGGACGACACUGUGAACAGAAGUGUCCUCCUGGUUCCUAUGGUUACGGCUGCCGUCAGGUGUGUGACUGCCUCAAUAACUCCACCUGCGAUCACAUGACCGGGACGUGUUACUGUAACCCGGGCUGGAAGGGCGCUCGCUGUGACCAGGCAGGCGUGGUCGUGGUCGGCAGCCUGAACAGUCUGACCAGCGCCGCCAUGCAGGUGGACUCGUAUCAGAUUGGCGCCAUUGCCGGGAUCAUCGUGCUGGUGCUGCUGGUUCUCUUCCUCCUCCUCCUCUUCAUCAUCUACAGGAAGAAGCAGAAAGGCAAAGAGCCCGCCAUGCCGGCCGUCACCUACACCCCCGCCGUGAGGGUCACCGCCGACUACACCAUCGCAGAAGCUCACCCUCCCACAUGUGAGACUCAUCCCAGCAGCUACUUCUCCAACCCCAGCUACCACACGCUGACCCAGUGCAUCAGCCCGCCACACCUGAACAGCGCCCCCUAUGGGAAGGCGAAGAACGGCCAGCUGUUUGUGAACUUAAAGAGCGUGGACCAGAGGAAACGAGGAGCUCUGGGUGAUCACACGGGAACGCUGCCUGCAGACUGGAAACAGGGAGACUGCUUCAGUGAGAUGGGAGCGUAUGGAAUAGACAGAAGAUACAUGGGGAAGUCUCUACGAGAUCUGGUGAAGGGAACGCCGUAUCACGCCAGCUCGUGCUCCCUGAACAGCUCUGAAAACCCGUACGCCACCAUAAAGGAUCCUCCGCUGCUGAUGAACAAAAACACCGAGUGCGGCUACGUGGAGAUGAAGUCACCGGCCAGACGAGAUUCGCCGUACGCCGAGAUCAGCAACAGCAGCCCGACCAACAACAGGAACGUCUACGAAGUCGAGCCGACGGUGAGCACCAUCCAGGCCAACGGGGACUGCGGCGGCCGUGUUCUGUUUGGUCAGGAUCCGUACGACCUCCCGAAAAACAGCCACAUCCCGAGUCACUACGACAUCCUGCCGGCCAGAGAGAGCCCGUCGUCGGAGCACAGAGAUCCGGACAGCGAAUGAUCGCCUGGACGUUUGAACAGACACGGACAGGAAGCUCUUCAUACCCACAGAAUCCUCCGUCUUAUACUUCCACAUUAUUCUGUUUUAUGUAUCCUGACGUCUCUCUGAACUACGGGGGUGUAGAGGAGCGUGGCGGUCCAGCUGGUAUAUUUUUAUAGGUGUUUUUAAACUGCCAUGAAGUCGUCGUAGGUCAUUCCACCUGUGUGACGGUAACGGUCUCAGUAUGCUCGCAACAGCAAAGCUCAUUUUUUUGACCAUAAAAUUUGAAGUCCUUUCUAUCACUGUCUCAAAUGAUCGUAUCAGGACAAUCCAACGGGGAUUCAUGACUUCGUCCACUCAUAGGAGGGUGUUUUUUGCUCCUUUGUUUGCAGAUGUACUCUCCUCCUCCACAUGAAAACAGAGAAAAAGCUCUGCUAUGUGCUGCAAAGAGCACGCCAUGUCAGCAGCGGGUCAAUGAAAACACACAAAAAUAUGAGCUUUUCACAUUUAUUUUAACCUCAGUGGGUAUAAUAGAUGAGCGUUGUCAUGUCAGGGAAAAGAGGUGUAUGCAUUUCCCUGCAUAACACCUGCACAGGUGAGGCUGCGUCUGCUGUCUUAUGAACAACAGUGAUGACGUUAGAAGCCCGAAACUCCCCGUCAACACAUGAAUGCUGCAACAGAGCUUCUAAAAAUCCUCACCAUGGAGGGAAUUUUCUUCACGGUGUGUUUUCAGUGAUCUAAAAAGGUGUUUAUGCGUGCACAAAGGACAGAAGAAUACCCUCCUAUGUGUGGACUUCAACAUACAUGCAUGGAGCCGUUACAGACUGUCUCACUGAAAUCACCAAUAAAAAGAGACCAUUUAAUAAACCUGCACAGAGAAGGUUGUUAUUGAUGGAUUUUUAUAGAAAUGGUCACAGGCUCGCCUGAUUCUGUUAAAUAACUUUGUUUGGAGCAUACUGACGCCUUUCUGACUUUUCUGUGUUUUUUUAAAAACUAAUAGAAUCUCUAUUUUUAUAACAACAGUGUUAGAAAAAUCUAAUCUGAUAAACGGUAGUGAAAAUAUCAAAGAUUAGACGUUGGAGAGAGACAGUAGUGGAAUAAAGCUGCUGAGUCUUCAUCACGUCCAUCUUCACUGUCUGAGUAGUAUUUAUAACCAAAGGUACGACGUCCAUUUUCUGUGAAGGUCAAAGGUCAUCUAAGUUUAAUCCACGAGGGUUCAGAGCUCAUCUAAAGUACUUAAUUUCUGAUUUUAGGGGAUUUUAGACUAACUAAAGAUGAUUUUUCUUUGUGUUAAAUAACCAUUCAGCAGAAAACAGAGAAAGUUUAAUUCUAAAGAGUUUGAACCAAAAUCCUUAAAUAUUCUAACCCAUCAGCACUUUUAAUAAGAAACCAGUUCUCUGUCUUACAUUUAACCCUUUAUGUAAAUUAAAUUAUGAACCCACUGCAGUUAAUCUGGUUUAUUCUCACGUUUUUGUUUUUAUGAGAUUGGUGACGUUUCCCUAUUUCUUAUUCUGGAUUUCUAACAUCAAAUCUGCUUUUUUCAUGGCAUGAUAAAUAAAAUAUUUAUUUCUAAUUUAUUGCAAACCCUGACUUGACCUAUUACGGCUGAAAAUUUGUAUUUAAAAGAUAUUUCUUGAACUUACCCAAAACAAAUAAAUUCAGCAGCCAGAUCAAAAUUUUGCCCUUUUUGUAAAUUUUACCUAAUUUGACAACAUAAUCUUAUUCCCCUAGUUAUUUUUAUUUAUUUGGCUUGUUGAUUUUUGUUUUAUAAUUAUAUUUUCUUUGAUGUUUCCUCUACCAGGUGGAGAUGAAAUUAUGAAACGUUUCUUCUUCGAUUGUUUUUCUCUUUUAUAAAGUUUCACUGUUCUGGAUGCUUCUGUUUCAUACUGGAAGGUUUUUGCUCGAUCAGCUGACCCUUUGUUUAGCCCCGCCCUCCUUUGUUACUGUUAUCUGGUGAAACCCUCCACUCUCUGAUGGAUUUUUAUUAGAUUUGAUCUUGGGUAAACUUUUACUCUGACAGGUUUAACACCUGCACACAGAGGUCACACAGACCUGCAGCUGUUAAUACAACAAUCCCACAAACGUGAUAAAUUUGUCCACUUCAAACAUCCAAACUGUUGCAGGGCACGCCAAAAAAUAAAGUCAUGGCGAUUUUUUUGUUCGCCAUGAAACAGGAAGUUUUUCCAGAGUGGUAGGACACAGGUGGAGCCAUGAAUCUGCACACAAACAUUUUUAAAGGCAAAAGGAGAGGAUUGAUAUCAGUUUUUAGGGGGUUCAGGGGCGCAGAUGGUCACGCCUCGUGUACCCGGGUGUCCAAGUUCAAGUCCAGCCUGCAGCUCUUUGACUGCGUCAUUCCCCACUCUCUCAUCCCUGUUUCCAGGCCUGUCCACUGUCCUGUGUCUCUUAUGACAGCAAAAAUCCUCAAAAUAAAUCUUAGAAAUAAGAAAAAAAAAAAAAAAAGUGGUUCUUCUUGAAUGGAGCCCUCAAAGACGGUUCAUCUGAUCCAGAUUUAAGUAAUUUUACAGUCCAUAGAGAGCUGACAAAAACAUGACCUUUUGUUGCUCGUAUUUUGGGUGGACAGGGAUUUAAAUGAUUGUAAAACAAGGAAACUGUGAUUUCCUCAGGGUGCCGUUUUUAUACGUUUUAAUCCACAGCUUAGAUUCAUGGUUUUACCAGUGUCAUAAGACUCUGGAAUACUACUUCCUAUUUCAUGGCGAACAAAAAAACACCAUGAUUACAUUUCUUACGUAACUUGAGCUUAAGCUGACUAAACGUACUAGAUCCCUGCAAAUGUAACCAUUAUAUUUGUGGGAUUAUUAUGUUAAUGAUGAUUUAUUAUGUUAAUGAUGAUUUAUUAUGUUAAUGAUGAUUUAUGAUGUUAAUGAUGAUUUAUGAUGUUAAUCAUGAUUUAUUAUGUUAAUCAUGUUAAAAUCUGCAGAUUUGUCUUUCGUUUGUGGGCGGUUACCACGUAUGCAGGCGUGGCGCCUCAAGCACACCUUUCAUCCGUGCUGAAUGAGCCAAAUUAAAGUCAUAAUUUCCCCACCAUGCACUGAAAGACUUGGGUUGGUUCCUAUAAGAUAUGGAGGUAAUAUUUAUUUUAACUUAAGUUCGGCAGCAAGGCCACACCAAAACCACACCCUCAAUCACCUGACAAGCCUACUUAAACGUAGCCAACCCACAUCACGCCGUCUGUCAGAGAGUCUACGACCCACCCUCCCUUCUCUAACUCAUUAGUCUCCUCCUCAUCUAAUUCUAGUCACAGUCUGGUUGAGAUCAGCUCGGGCAGAACGCCGCCUGAGAAGGAACCCCCAUCCUGAGUCUCCCUCUGUCGAGCCUUCAUGCAUCUCCCAGACUAGACUACGACUGCUUACCCACAUCCCUCAUCUUCAUCACAACAGACGACAGUCUCGCUGCACAUUCUUAUCAAUCCCGAUUAAACCUUUAAUCGCAUUCUGUUGUGGUGUGGUCCUUGCUGGUGAAUGGGGCUUUAUUAGCCGACCAAUCAGAGAGCCAGCAGAGGGUCAGCUGGAAUCAUCAGCCAACCAGUGAAUUUAUUUUUUAGUCUUCACAUCAAAGAAGCUCCUAAAUUCCCUUCAAGGUUUUCUUUCUACAGUAGCCAUGAGAACCAACAAUAAUGGGUCCAAAAAUGUUUUUAUAGAUGUUUUUCUGUUGCUUAAACUUAAGUUUAUACGACCACAGGAUGUGAAAAAAUUCAGCAAUAAUUCCCUCCACAUUUGCAUCUCAUCAGCAGAAUUAACACCACCAUGGUUACAAUACAACCUACCAACGUCGCUCAUUUCUGUAAGUGCUCAACCUAAAGGGCUCAACAUGUCUGAAAUAAAGAGCAAGCUCGAGCUGGACUUCGGCUUUUUACAGCAGAAACAUUCACCAUAAUCUGUUCUAAAAAGAGAAAAUGUUCUCCUGAAUGAUUGUAUUUGUGUCUUUCUGUGUGCGGCUGCAGACGCUGCUCUCAGCCUCUCUGACAUGUUUGUAAAAUAUUGUAAAUAGUUUGGUCUUCUCUGGUGUACAAAUAUUAACUUCACCCGGCGUCUUACAUCUGGACUUAAAGCAGGAACUAUGGUGGCAUCUGGUUCGCACUGACUGAAACUGGAAAACUUGACUUCUACAGGAACUGCUUUUAUUUUGAAAUGUCUUUGUAGAGAGACGAUGGCUCUUCCAGGAAUACUUGAUACAAACAUCCCAUCAUGUGUUCAGAUUCUCACCACCACGGUCUGUUUUCCACAAAGGUGACCAUGAUUUAUUUAGCCAUAGCCACAUUUAGGCUCCGUUUAUUUUUGCUUUCAACGUUUUGUUUUUCAUUGUAGAGA